AUCGAGGGUGGGCUCCCUCUGAACGAUGCACACAUGUUUGAGUGAUCCAUAACUCUGUUGUCAUGUUUUCCUGCCAUGAUGGAGAGUCAUAUAUCUUAUUCUAAAAGAAUAUUCUGAAAUUAACAGAUUUAUGCAUUUGUGAUAUUUUUUUUAUUAAUUUAUAGACGUCACGAUGGGUAGCCUGUGUAGAGAAAUCGUCACUCUUCAACUCGGGCACUAUUCAAACUUCGUUGGCACACAUUGGUGGAAUUUACAGGAUGCCUCGCUGACCUAUGACCCAGAUGCACCCCCAGGCGAGCUCCAGAAUGAUGUUCUCUUCAGAGAGGGGCAAACCUUUGGGGGUCAUAUUACCUACACCCCCCGCCUGAUCGCUAUGGACCUCAAAGGUAGCCUUCAGACACUGAGACAGGAGGGGAGCCUCUAUGAGACUGGGAAGGAUCCCACUGCUAUCACAUGGGAGGGCAAUGUAAUGGUGCACAAAGAGAGCCUGCCAACAAAGAACUCCUUCCUCCUAGACCUGGACAAGCUAGACAAGGGGGAGAUAUUGGCUGAGGUUGAUUUUGACCCAACUCCAGUGCCUCACUGUUCAGGGACUUUAGCCAUGGAGACGGUGAACAGCCGCUUGGAGCGCGCUCAGAAGGGCUAUCGACUGGAGGGCAGUGUGAGGGUAUGGUCGGACUUCUUGAGGAUCCACCUGCACCCCCGCACAAUCUCUGUCAUCCACGAGUACAACCACGACGGGGAGGCCCACCGCCUGGAAACGUUUGGCCAGGGGGAGGCUCUGCUUCAGGGCUCAGUGCUGGAGGAUCUGGAGGACAGACUACACUUCUUCAUAGAGGAAUGUGACUACCUACAGGGGUUCCAGGUGCUCUGUGACCUGGCUGAUGGCUUCUCUGGCCUGGGUUCAAAGGUCACCGAGAUGCUGCAGGACUCCUAUGGGGGACGGGGCAUCCUUACCUGGGGGCUCGCACCUGUUAGUCACCCAGACACAACCCCGAUGAAGGAGCUCUACCACCUGUUGAACUACUCCUUAGGCAUGGUCCACAUGGCCAAUAACAGCUCGUUCUUCUGCCCUUUGACCCUGAAGGGCGGGCUGGGCAGACGGCCCGCCCAACCCCCCUCCUUCCCCCACCUCAACUACGACCCCUCACUGUGGUACCACUCCAGCUCUGUGCUGGCUCUGGCCCUGGACUCCCUUACUGUCCCUUACAGGCUGAGGCACAACAGCACCCCCAUGUGGGAGUUUGCAGACGCACUGGCAGUGUCCGGGAGAAAGGUGGUGGCUGCGUACGGAGCCCUCCCCUUUCCGAUGAUGCAGGGGUGCUCUCUCCCCGACGCCCUAGGUGACUGCGCGGAUGUGUUGCCGUGGAAACCCCUAUCGGCUUGCCCCGAGCUGGGCGAUGGCCACUGCUUCGGCCAAUCAGUGACCCUCAAGGGUUUAGAGGGGCAGAGUCUGGUCAGCCAGCUGAGACCAGGGAUGCAGCCGCCCACCCAGCUGCAUAGCCUUGACUGUGGGGAAGAGGUGCUAGCCUCCUACAUCAAUGCUCACUACCCCGCUACGCCUUUUUCGGUCCAGCUUGUAUCCAGCCCCAGUAAGCUGACCCCGCCCUUCCCACAGAUAUUCAGCCAAUCCUUGGGUCCACAGGGCUUUCUGCAGAGUCAAGCCCCUCCCCCCAAAAAGCGGUCCUGUGCGGUCUCCUCCCUCCCCGUGCUCACCUCCCUGCAGUCUUCUCCGGCCCUGGGCCCGUGGCUGUCGGAGCUGCACCGCGGUGCCAGCACCCUGGACCCCCGCCGCAUCGCCCCCAGCUUCCUCUCCCAGGGGCCUGAGCUGACCGACUUCCAGGAGUCCCUGGAGCAACUCCACCUCCUGGCCCGCUGUUACCGCAAUGAUAGCGGAGGCAUGAUGUGCUCCUCCUCGGAAGAGGACGACGAUGAUUGAUUGACUGACAACUGCUGAACCGCAAGAGUCAUUUUCUCUUUUCUGUUUCCCGCAUUGUUAGCCCAGAAUGAUUUUUGCGCACUCCAUACCAUCUGAAUAGAUGAGUCUCAAUGGACAUUGACUAGUAUUGACAGACCCACCCAUCCACAUUGUAUAUUCUUGUCUGUGGAUCUGAUCGCAUUCAUGAAGACACAGUGAGACUUGAUAAGGAUUGUGAAUUCUGGUUGGAAAGAAUGCUGUUUAUUUGUCUUUUUUACCAUUUAUUUAACCAGGUGGGCCAGUUGAGAACAAGUUCUCAUUUACAACUGAGAUGGCGACCAGAGAACGGUUAUGGUAAAAGAUUGAGGUUUUAACUGACAAAAGAUAUUUGGACUGUGAAACUCAGUCAUUAAAUCAAGGAGAGACAAAAUAAGAGGAUAGAAGGAAAGGUCAAUGAAGGGAGAAUGUUGGUUGGUGAUAUGUUGGAACUGCUAGUGAAGUUAAUUUGCCACAUGCACAGGAUACAAAAGGUGUAAAACAGUACUGUCUAAUUCUAACCUUGCGAGCUAUUUGACAACAAUGCAGUGAUGAUAAUAAUAUUGAAUACUUUUUUUUUGAAAACACAAGAACUAAGAUGUGAGUUAAAGAAACGAGUACUGUAUAUAUGUGUAUCUGCAAAUAAAUGUGCUUUAUACAACUGUC